AUGUCUUGUAUAGCAAAGCGUUCGAUAAAAAGGUUUGUAAAGACCGAGGAGCAUAUUGCCCUAGCUACUACUAUUAAUAAGCUAGGGUUCGAAGUAAUGCCUUGUUCUUUUUGUUUUUCUUGUAGCCUCUACUACUAUAUAAUAGAGAGUUCUUCUCGUUACGGCAAAUGUAUUUGUCGUAGGAGGUUGUACGACGGUUCUAGGGUUUUAGUCUCGUCUUAUUAUAGACGAAUCGAAGCGCCUCGACCGGUUAGAAUAAGAUGCUAAAGAGGCUCUCCGUGCUAACUACGAUUUAUUAGUAAAAGUGUAGCAUUAUCUAGACAAGUCUCUAGCUUAUUUAGACUACAUUUGUCGUCAAAAGUAAUCGUUAUUAUCUCGAGGGUCGGAGAUGGUUCGCUAGGGUCUUACGUCUUUAGAUAAAUUGGAAGAGGUAGAGCAGCAGGAAUCGGGGGUAGUUCUAAGUAUAUAGCUUAAUAGUGGUAUUGAUAUUAUUAACUAGGGCGCCGUCUUUGAUUCUGUCCUAGGUUUUCCUUUAGUCAAUCUAGGUUCUGCUAGUAGAACUGUUCUAGUUUCUUAGGAUAGUUUAAAUUCUUGACUAGUUCCUAUAAGUUGUCCUCUAGUCUAAAAUCAAGCCAUUU